CGUGGCCGAGGUAAGCAUCUCUCUCAACUCCUGACAUCUUCUCAUCUAACAUCCGAUAGUGGUUAUGGCGUGUGACUCAAGCGAAAGCUUGUCUUCUUCGGAAGACGCACUCUCAAGAGGUUUCUCAUAGGGCAACCUGCGUGGGUUCGAAUCCCACCGCUGACAUUAUCUUUUUGCGCUUUUUUGCAGCUUUCUGGUGUGGUCGCUGGCGGCGGAUGCAUCGUGCCUUACCUUUUGGUGCCGCAGAGUGGGGCCCGAUUGGCUGGCCAUCGACUGACUGACCGCAACAUCUAACAUCACCUGUCCCGUCACCACUGCAACCACUUCGCUGCCCUCACCUUGUGCUCCUACGCGUUGCAUCUCAGCGUUUGUCAAUUCCAAGGGUGUCACCAGACCACGUUCGAGCAUCGCGGGUACCUACAUGGUCGCUUGAGACAACCUCGGUUUGCGACGCGGACGCAUAGCACAGCACCGUGUCUUUCACCAUGUUUCACAAAUCCCUUGUUCUUUUUGCCCUUCUGAAAGCGGUAUCCUGUGUCCAACCCGAAGCGCCGCAUCCUAAAGCGGCUCCUCUGCGCGACCUACCAUGGGCGCAGCUCAACUUCCUGCAUACUACCGAUGUGCAUGGUUGGUGGGGAGGCCAUCUCCAAGAGGCAUCCUUUUCUUCUGAUUGGGGCGACUAUGUCUCUUUUGCGAAAUACAUGCGUGAGAAAGCAGAUGCAGAUGGCUCGGACUUGCUGCUUAUCGAUACCGGAGACCGUGUUGAAGGAAACGCCAUCUACGACUCUUCAAAGCCUCGCGGAAAGUUUACCUACGAGAUUGCGAAAGAACAAAACAUCGAUCUGAUAUGCUCAGGCAACCAUGAGCUGUACAAAGCAAACACUGCCGAGGGCGAGUACUUUCACACGGUUCCUGACUUCAAAGGAAACUACUUGGCCUCCAACCUAGAUAUCUAUAACCCGAAGACUGGAAAGCUGGAGCCACUUGCGCCGCGCUUCAAGAAGUUCACUACUAAAAACCAAGGUAUACGCAUCUUGGCCUUCGGAUUUCUGUUCGAUUUUACAGGCAACGCAAACAAUACUGUUGUUCAGAGGGUCGAAGACACGGUGCACGAGGAGUGGUUCCAGGAAGCGCUCAAAAGCCAGGACAUCGACUUGAUCAUCGUCUUUGGACAUGUUGACAUCCGCUCCGAAGAAUAUGCGCUUUUGUUCUCUACUAUACGGUCGCUGCACUGGGAUACGCCCAUCCAGUUCUUCGGAGGUCAUAGCCAUAUCCGCGACUACAAGAUCUUUGAUAGCAAAGCUGUCGCUCUUGAAAGUGGGCGAUACAUGGAGACGCUCGGCUUCAUGUCUAUUGAUGGUCUCAGUACUGGCGGUACCAAAGACGCAACGCCUCUAGCCCAGAGCGCAAAGCUCACAUUCUCUCGUCGAUACAUUGAUAACAAUCUUUAUUCGCUGCGUCACCAUAGCGGAAAGAAUGCCAAAGAGUUCGUGACCGAUCAUGGUAAGAAGGUUUCCAAGGCGAUUGGUGAUGCCAGAGCGUCUCUUGGGCUGGGUAAGGUAUACGGCUGUGCACCACAGGAUCUAUGGAUCAGCCGUCGCCCAUAUCCACACAACGAGAGUAUCUUUACCUGGAUCGAGGAGCAGCUGCUGCCGCAGACCAUCGAAAAGUCUGAUCGCAUCCAGAGUGGAAAGAAGGCAUUUGUGAUUACCAACACUGGCGCUAUCCGCUUUGACAUCUUCAAGGGAGCUUUCACCAAAGACACAAAGUUCCUUGUUUCGCCGUUCACCAGUGGGAUCCGAUUUAUCAAGGAUGUACCUUACAAGGCCGCUAGUCAGGUGCUCAAAUUGCUGAACAAUGAGGGACCCAUUAUGUUGGCCAUGAUGGAGAGCAAUGCAUUCCUGCAGCCACCAGAGGUUUUGGCAGCGCGGUCUCGACCGCAUAUGCUUACAUCUUCCGACUUUGCCUUCGCUAAACUCCCCGAAGGCCAGGCACCUCUCCACGGCAUCGAUGGGCCACAACCGUUCCCAGGUUACACCACCAAGGACGACGCUGGAGCAGACGGCGAUGACACCAUCCACGAGCCCAUCGCCUUCUACAAUGUUCCGAACUGCAUUCAGUCAGCUGUCGGCUUCGACCAAUCAGAGACAGAAGUGGAUCCAGAGACUGUUGAUCUCAUGUAUAAUCAGUUCAUUGAGAAAUGGAUAUUGCUGGCGCUUGAGUACCUGGGGGCAAGAAGAGGGCUGGAGGAUACUGAGGCGUUUGAUAACGAGAAGAGCUUUACAGACAUUAUGACCGAGUGGGUGGAGGAGCACUGGGGCAGUGAAGGCAAGAAAUGUGAGGAAUGAUCAGAAGUGAGGCUCUGUUAUC